GGAAAAAAAAAAAAGCGGGCGCCGGACGCGCAUGCGCGGAGGGCCGGCCCGGGGAGGCACGUGAAGGUCGCCGCCCGCCCGCUCCAUUCAGCCGCCGGCUCUGUCCUCCCGCCGAGCCCGGCAUGGACCCGUCGUCCGUCGCGGGGGACCUGGGCGCGGCCGUCAACGACCCGCAGCUGCAGCACUUCAUCGAGGUGGAGACGCAGAAGCAGCGCUUCCAGCAGCUCGUGCACCAGAUGACGGAGCUGUGCUGGGAGAAAUGCAUGGAUAAACCUGGCCCCAAGCUGGACAGCCGAGCCGAGACCUGCUUUGUGAACUGUGUCGAGCGUUUCAUUGACACCAGUCAGUUUAUUCUGAAUCGGCUGGAGCAGACGCAGAAGUCCAAGUCGCCCUUCUCCGAAAGUCUCUCCGACUGAGCGGAAGCGUUCACUGGUGCUGCUUUCUUCAUUUCAAAAGGAGAACGCUGUCUUGAAUGGAAGAGGAGGAGAAAGAACCGAAGAAAGGAUUCCUAACGAUGAUAAGCUGUGAGGGAACUUGGCCCCCACAUCUGAGAUGGACAUCAGGGCUUUCCGGUCACCUAGUUUAGUUCUGGUGUUAAAUGCCCACUGGGUGAACAUUAAUAACCAUGCAACGUCACACAUCUGCUAUUUAACCCGGACUUCUGCUGCCCUAGGUUUUAAUUUUCUUCCCCCUCUGGAUAAUGGGAGCUUCAUAACAGAAGGUUGCCUUGACUAUCUUUACCCAGCAGUAAGGUGGGGAAAAUACACCCCCUUGAAACUUGAAAAUGUUCUUUUUGAGAUAAGGGGACUGGGCGGCCUCAGAUACUAAUGCAGCUCCAGGGGAAAGUAGGGGUACAAACGUGCCUUGAAAAGGGUCCUGUGCUUAGGCACUGCUCUUUCAAAUGAUCCAAUUGUCACUUGUUUGGACUUGCAACUGAAUUAACCUUUGUAAACCGUGGGUGGGUGGACCUUGCAGUUGGACAAAGCACGGGAUUAGAUUGUAAAAGGGCGCCAGAAGAGAUCCGUUGUCUUUGAUGAGGUGUUUUUUCAAACCUACCUCAGCACCGUAGAAAGAAACACCCCAGACGUGUGGCUGUUGAAGGGGGUUGCUGCUCAUGUGGUCCAAUAUGUCUCUUGCCAAGUUCAAAAAUCAGUCUUGAUUUUCUACAUUGAAUUCCUUGCCUCCUGAUCAGUGGAAUAAACAUCAAUUGGAUGCAUUUUAA